GCGGCCUCGGGGAUCUCGCAGGAGGAGGUGGCGGAGGAGGAGGAGGAGGAGGAAGAGGAGGCAGAGAGGAGCGCCCUGGGUGGGGAAGCGUCGCGGAGAGAGCUGAGGGGGCGCACUGCAGAGGGACCGAAUUCCAGGUGAUGACUGGAAAAGAUCAUGUCUGAAGUGCAGGGAACUGUUGAGUUUUCGGUAGAGCUGCACAAAUUCCACAACGUGGAUCUCUUCCAGAGAGGCUAUUACCAAGUGCGUGUGUCCCUGAAACUCCCGGCCAAGAUUCCGCACAGGCUGGUGGCCUCCGUUGGGGGGCAGACAGAGGACUCUGGGACGAGUUCUGCCUGUGUCCACGAGAGCAGUGUGCACAGCAGGAUCUUUCAAAUCCUGUACCGGAACGAAGAAAUUGAGGUCAAUGAGACAAUGCACUUCAAAGCCUACCUGCUUUUGGAUGGAGAGAGGGUGGAGGAGGUGCUCAGCGAAGUGGACUUUCAGCUCAAACUGGACCUGCACUUCACCGACAGCGAGCACCAGCUGAGGGAAGGCGUGGGGGUCCCGGCCAUCAGCAGCCGUACGCUGGGUCUCCACCUGCACCCCAGGAGGGGUCUGCACCACUACGUUCCAAUCAUGUUCGACUAUUUCCACCUGUCGCUGGUCUCGCUCACAGUGCACGCCUCGCUGGUGGCCUUGUGCCAGCCCCUGAUCAGCUUCACCCGGCCCGGGAAGGGGUCAUGGCUGGGAAAGGGCAGCACAGAGGUGGGACCAGAGCAGUCUGGCAUGUCCUUGGAGAGCCUGGUGUUCGGCGCUGGAUACUGCAAGCCUGCAGCUUCUGAGGGUAGUUUUUAUGUUCCCUCUGAGCACUGCUUGCAGCAUGCCUAUGAGUGGCAUAGGGGCCUGUGCCGCCUGCUGCUGGGCGCCCACAAGGGGCUGCAGUCCUACUUCUCCGGUGUCAUGAAGGCUGUUCCUGCCUUAGUGCAAAGCCCACUGGAGGAGAUUUCCGUUGAAGAGACAUUAUCACAACUUUGUGCGGAGAUACAGCGGGUGAAUGAUCCAGAGAGGCUGGCUGAGCAGAUUGGUAAAGACCUGGCCUGGCUCUGUUCCCGCCUGCUGGCGCUGUGGACCCAGCUUCUGGCCGCGGUGUCCCUGCAGCCGGCCGUCACGGCCCACCUCACACAGGAGCACCACACCCUGCGGGUGAGAAGAUUUUCGGAAGCUUUCUUCUACACAGAACAUGAAAAGCUGGCAGCCCUAACCUUCCAGGAAAGCCUGAUCCAGAGUCAAAGCCAGGUUUCCAUGGAUUUACGCAGCUCGGAGUAUCUGACCAGCAUGCCUCCUCUGCCGGUGGAGUGUCUGGACAUCGAUGGAGACUGGAAUACGCUGCCGGUCAUCUUUGAGGACAGAUAUGUGGACUGCCCCCAGAGAGUUCCGACCCUGGAUGUGCUCCCUAGAAUCAAUGAUCCAGUCACGAAGGAUGAGAGACAAGUGAGCCACAUAGCCAGUCAAGCUGAGGAACUGGCAAUUGGUACCCAGACACCCGGCAGAGUGGACUUCAGAGGAGAGCCAACGAGAGCUCUUGGCCAGGGAGAGGAGGGCAGGAUGCUGGCUGACCAGCCCCAUAUCUUCAAGGACACAGAUGUGCAGGGGUUCACUGUUAAGGACUUGGACCAGCGCACAGACCCUCAGGCUCACCAGAUGAUCUCCGAGAUGCAGUCGGCUGGAGAAAGUCCUGCCAGGCCCAGCCCUGAGCUGGUCAGCAUGGGCAGGAGCCCGGAGGAGGAGCCUGCCAGCCAGGGUGGCAGCUGGGGUAUGACACUGAGGCUGGCCAACGGGAGGGCUGCCCCAGGCAAGGGUCAGCCUGAGGGGGAGCCUCUCCUCAUCGUCAGUGCUUUGACUGAGGGUGAGGCCUCUGGUAAUCACAGUACAGUGACCGGGGCUGGCCGAGUGGCCACAGAGGAAGCCCGCAACCCUGCCGGGCUGUGGCUCUGUGAAUCGGGCCCCCUGACACCGCCUGUAGGGCUGCAUGAACAGGUGGCUCCACUAGCACCAACGUCACUGGACCAGCCAGCCCCGCUGGCCCCAAAAGACUUGGUGGAAGUGGAGUCUCUCCACCAGGACCGGCUCAGUGCCAACCGGGAAGAAUUCUCUCUGCCAUCCAGCAACAUCAAGAGGUCAUCCUCACUGAUCUCGGACUCAGGCAUCGAGAGCGAACCCAGUUCAGCGGCCUGGUCUGACGCCCGCAGCCAGAUGCUUGGGACACCUGGGGACCGGGAGACUCUGCCUCAGCUGGCACGGAGACAUGGGGUCCACAGGAACUCCUUGGAGGGAGCAUGCACAGACAGCAAUGUCAGCCUGCCUAGUGGCACCCAGGCUUCACUCACCUCCAUCAGCUCACUGCCCUUUGAGGAAGAGGAGCGGGAUGUGGCCGUGGCCAAGCUGACCAAGUCGGUCUCGGCCCCGCAGAUCAGCAGCCCCGAGGAGCCGGGGGAGGACCCUGAAGAGACCGAGAAUGGUGAAGAGACCCCAGGGGCCCCUGCAGUCUGGCAGCAGGGGGAGGCUGGCAGGACCGGCCUCCCUUGUGGCCCUGCCCACCUCCCAGCCACCUGGACAGGUGCAAACUCUGAAAUGGCUGACCACCAAGGGGAUUUGGAUCCUGAUGACCCUCAGAGUGGUGGUCCCAUCAACACCUUACAAGUCAGAGGCCUCCGGUGUCCCCCGGCGGGGCCCGAUCACUCAGACUGGGCAGAGUCAGCGGCCCAUCGAGCCUGCAUCGUGGGACCUGGGGCUCAGGGGCUCAGUCUGGAAGCCCUGAACACAAGCAGUUGGUCGGGUUUUGAGGCCGGCCAGCCAGGGGAUCGUGGCCAGGAUCCCGAACUCGGCAUGGCCGACACGGUGGAUUUCUCCCACUGGGAUGGCCAAAUGUCCAGCGAGGACCCCACAGAGGAUACAGCUAUUGAGGGGACACCCACUCGGGAAAUGGGGGACAGUUUGUCUCUCAGUGGCCUGUCAGGGACAGGGGAGGGGGUUGGAGCCUUACAGGAAAUUGAACUUGGUGAAAGCCCUGGGGCUGAUGAGGCACUAGCCCUCCCUGAUACGGAUUCUCAAGACCACUUGGCAGCAGCCCAUCCUGGUCCAGAUUGCCAAGACCCCAAACAUCCCUCCAAUAGCAAUGGCAUCCACUGUGCCCCUGGGGAGACUCUGACCCCAGGUGGCCGGCGGGCCCCAGAAGUGGCUAAUCUGUCUCUGUCUUGCACAGCCACGUGUCUCCCUUUCUCCUCUACACUCACAGAGGCCCCGGCUGCGGCCGGCUUUGUAGCCAAACAGGCGCCAUUCCCAAUUACCCACCAGCCUCUGGGCUCUUUUGGAGCCAUCUCUUGCAAUGCCAGCAGCCAGGCCGAAGACAUCAACGAGAGGAUGUGUAGUUUCUAUCAGGCCAAAGAGAAAUUUAAAACCGAACUGAAGAUUGAAGGUUCUCUGUACAGUGACUUAUCUGUACUAGCCUCUGAUAUACCAUAUUUUCCACCAGAGGAAGAGGAAGAGAAUUUGGAAGAGGGCAUUCAUCUGGUUGUCUGUGUCCAUGGGCUGGAUGGAAAUAGCUCUGACCUCCGGCUGGUGAAGACGUUCAUCGAGUUGGGACUCCCGGGGGGCAAGCUGGACUUCUUGAUGUCAGAGAGGAACCAGACGGACACUUUUUCUGACUUUGACACGAUGACGGACAGAUUGCUGGAUGAGAUCAUCCAGCACAUUCAGCUGUACAGUCUCUCCAUAUCCAGGAUCAGUUUCAUCGGUCACUCCCUCGGUAACAUCAUCGUCAGAUCUGUUCUCACAAGGCCUCGCUUCCGGUGUUACCUCAGCAAGCUGCACACCUUCCUGUCUUUGUCUGGACCCCACCUGGGAACCCUGUUCAACAACAGCACUCUGGUUAGUACAGGAUUGUGGCUUAUGCAGAAGCUGAAGAAAUCCGGGUCCUUGUUACAAUUGACCUUCCGGGACCACACGGACUUGCGCAAAUGCUUCUUGUACCAACUGAGCCAGAAAACAGGUCUCCAGUAUUUUAAAAAUGUUGUGCUGGUCGCGUCUCCUCAGGACCGCUAUGUGCCAUUCCACUCAGCGAGGAUUGAGAUGUGCAGGACAGCCCUGAGGGACAGGCAUACCGGACCAGUCUACGCGGAGAUGAUCCAUAACCUGCUGCAGCCCCUGGUGGAGGCCAAGGACUGCACACUGGUGCGGCUCACCGUGUUCCACUCCCUGCCCAGCACCGCCAACACCCUGAUCGGCCGUGCCGCCCACAUCGCUGUCCUCGAUUCCGAGCUCUUCCUGGAGAAGUUCUUCCUGGUGGCUGGGCUCAACUACUUCAAGUAGCGGUGGAACAGC